UGCGGUUUCCUGCAACAACUUGCUGCCUUUGCUGGAUGUGAAUGUUGCUGUCUCCGUGGGACAACUGUGGCCUCCUUGAGGUCGCCGCUUGGGCACACGCGCGUGAAUUGAACGCUGCACGGCAGCAUGUCUCAGUGCUCCCAAAGAGCUGUCCUUUGUCCUUGCGUCCGCUGUCCAAAAGUCCAGAAGUCCAUGCAGGGGGCACAUAAUUAUCAGCCACAUCAGCCGCAGACGACAGGACUUUGACUUUUAGAGGGAGCCGGCGUGGACAGCGAAAUUGGCGAAACGUAACGAAACGAAGUAAGAAAACAAGUUUAACUUAAUUGUCAACAUUGUGCCAGGCGGACACAAACAGCUCGGGCCGGCAACAAUGGAAGGAUAAAGGGAAAGCGUUGAAGGGACCUGCGGAGAGCGGGGCCAGCCAGAAACUCACUGAGAUGGCCAAAAGACGCACCAAAGUGGCGAAAGGACAAAAAGCAGGCAGCAUUUGGAAGCGAAACCGGAACGGCGACGGGACGGGGGACAAGGACGAAUAACAAAACGGAAGGACAUAAAGUAACGGCACUAAUGAUGGAGCACGCCAUCGCCCCAAGAAUGGAGUGAGAGAUAAAGCCAAGGAGCAGGAGUGGAGCAUUUAUAUGUAUAAUCGACGGAGGCCAGUCCAUUUCAGAGGCUAUCGCGACACGGUCACACUGGAAGCGAAAUCAACACGGAUGAUUUCGCAAAUAAUUUCUUUGGAAAAGGAAAAAUUAAGAAAUGGGCGAUGUGGACAAGUGGAUCGAGACGGAGUGCAAGACCUGCCGGAGAAUGUGCUGAAGAAUCUGUCCGAGAUGGUGUGCGACAUACUGCUGGAGGAGUCAAACAUUCUGCCCGUGAGCCCGCCCGUCACCGUUUGCGGCGAUAUCCAUGGCCAGUUCUAUGACCUGGAGUAGCUAUUCCGGACGGGCGGCUAUUGCGCCGAUCACGACAAGGUCAAGGCCAAUGCCGUCCGCUCCCUGAUCAAUCUCCUGCAGAUCCUCCAGCAGCAGCAGGCCUCCGAGAAUACCGAAU